UUUUUUAUAGCAUUCUAACUAAAACAAUUUAUUUUUAUUCUAAUUAAAUUUUUUUUAAAUUAUAUAAAUAAUACGUAAUAGAAAAUGCAUUGUUGUAAUAAAAAAGAAUAAAACAAUUUAGAAGAAAUCAUUAUAAAAAUUAUACAAGAUUUUUAAGGAUUUCUCAAAGAACAUUAAAUCCUCUCCAAAUUUACAAAUUUAAUUUAUCGAAUUCUGAUUUAAAAUUCCCAAAAUUUUGGUUUUCCCUGUGAAAUAAAAAAUCAAUCAUGGAAUGUCAAGCUUGCAACAAGGAUCUGAUGGGGAAAGAAUACGUGGAGAAGAAAAGCAAAAAUUAUUGCCUCGCCUGUUUCGACGAUAAAUUCGCGAGUAAAUGUGUCGAAUGCGAAAAUGUUAUAUCUGCCGGUCAAAAGGAAUUAGUGUUUGGAGACGAAGGACAUUACCACGAAAAAUGUUUCAGAUGUUCCAAAUGCAAAGCGUUUUUGGAUGUUAACAAUUACGAGACAUCCGACAAAAGGCCAGUAUGCCAAAAAUGUUACACAGUCCAACUGCCUGGAGGUGGUGUGUGUCCGAGUUGUAAUCAAUCCUUAAAAUCUGGUCAACCCAAACUAGAAUACAAAGGGAAACAAUAUCACGAAAAUUGUUUUAUUUGUUCAUAUUGCAAGAAAAGCUUGGGUAAUGAACGUUUUUAUUCCAAGGAUGAUAAAAAUAUAUGCGUCCCCUGUUACCAACAAAAUUUAGCUCAACAAUGCGCCAAAUGCAAUAAACCAAUUACUGACGUGGGCGUUAAAUCGAAAGGAGAAAUAUUUCAUAAGGAAUGUUUCAUAUGUUAUGGAUGCGGCACAGAACUUUCGGGGAAAAGCGUCGCAGCCAAAGACAAUAAACCCUAUUGUGUAGAAUGUUAUGGCAAAAUGUUCGCAAAUCGAUGCGCAGGUUGUAGAGAACCAAUCACAGGUGCUGGAGGUAUGCAAUACAUAACUUACCAAGAUAGACAUUGGCAUAGUCAAUGUUUUAUAUGCACGGCUUGCGGAAAAUCCCUUGAAAAUAGCGGCUUCAAUUUAAAAGGAACAGAUAUCGUUUGCCCAGAAUGCUUUCAAAAGCCAUAAUUUUUAAUGAUUUGAUUAUAUAUUAUCAUUUUUAUUUAUAAUUAAAUUGGUCCAUUUUAAUGAUUUUUAAUUAUAUAUAAUUUAUUGAUAUAAAUGACAAAUUUUAUAAAUAUUGUAUUCAGAGAA